GAAUCCCAUCAGAAACCCAAACCCCAGCGGCCCAGCCUGGUUCUUCACCCCUCUUCGAUUUCUUCCUUCCCUUCCUCGCUUCCCUUCCGCUCCAAUGGCGUCACUCCUCUUCGUCCCGCGCCCCGCGCCGGGCUCCCGGCCGGCGCCGGGGCCCGCGGCGCGGCUCAGGCAGGGUGCGAGCACAAUCACCUGCGGCCCGCGCGACAACCGGGGCCCGCUCCAGCGCGGGCGGUCGCUCUCCACGGAGGCCAUCCUCGCCAUCCAGUCGCUGAAGCGCCUCACCGCCGCGGACCGCUCCCCGGCGGCGGCCUCCGCGGCAGCCUCGUCCGCGCUCGGCCGCCUGCUCAAGGCCGACCUCGUGGCCGCCAUUGCCGAGCUCCAGCGCCAGGGCCACUGGUCCCUCGCCCUCGCCGCGCUCCACGUCGCGCGCGCCGAGCCCUGGUACCGCCCGGACCCGGCGCUCUACGCCACCUUCGUCUCCUCCGCGCCGGCGGCAUCGGACGACGCCGUGGACGCGCUCGUGGAGGCGUUCCUGGAGGAGAAGGCGCGCGGCGGCGGGUUCGUGGACGGGGAGGAGGACGUGUACAAGCUCACCAGGCUGCUGCGCGCGCUGGUGGCCAAGGGGCGGGGGCGCGCGGCGUGGAAGGUGUACGAGGCGGCGGUGAGGAGGGGAGGCCUCGACGUGGACGAGUACGUGUACAGGGUGAUGGCGAGGGGGAUGAGGCGGCUGGGGCUCGACGAGGAGGCAUCGGAGGCGGAGGCGGACCUCGCCGAGUGGGAGGCCACCAUCUCGCCGCCCGCCAGGGACGUGCUCGACCAAAUGCGCGCGAGGGAGAACAGCAAGACGAAAGCCUCAGCCUCGUAGCUUUUGAUUGACUUCCUUUGGUUCAGCUUUAGGCUCAAGAUUACUAGUGAUGUUUUGGGCUAGAAGGAUGAGUUUUCUCUGCUACUGUAACUAUGGUGAAUUGGUGAUACAUACGUUUUAACGUUUAUCAGAGAUCAUACCGCCACUUACAACAAA